AUGAGAUGGCGUAGUCUGCACAUUGCUCCCGUCCUCUCUUCCUCGGCUCCCACACCAUCCUCCCUCCAGCUCUCUCCCCGUCAUUUGCCCCCGUUCCCCCAAUCCCCUUCCCUUCUUCCCCCCAUCCCCUUCCCUGCUUCCCCCCAUCCCCUUCCCUGCUUCCCCCCAUCCCCUUCCCUGCUUCCCCCCAUCCCCUUCCCUGCUUCCCCCCAUCCCCUUCCCUGCUUCCCCCCAUCCCCUUCCCUGCUUCCCCCCAUCCCCUUCCCUGCUUCCCCCCAUCCCCUUCCCUGCUUCCCUUUCUCCCACCAGCUCUGUUUACCGCCCAAUCUAUUCUCCGCCCUGCUUCCCCACUCCCUAUGCCCUGCUUCCCCCCUCCCUAUGCCCUGCUUCCCCCUCCCUCCGCCUUGCUUCCCCCCUCUCUCCGCCCUGCUUCCCCCCUCCCUCCGCCCUGCUUCCCCCCACCUCCGCCCUGCAUACCCCCACCCUCAUAGAGGUGAGCGUCACGCACCAGGUGCAACUAGGGGCAGCGCAGCAGAUUUUGGAACGAGCUCACGUUCCUCAUGCCCUGUGCUCUCUCGUCUUCCCUUCUCAUUCCAGACCUAUCUGGAUUGCUUUCACAUUCGCGAGGAGGGGGGUGGGCGCACGCGCAACAAAGGGGCAGCUCAGCAGUCGCUGAGAGCGUCUGGUGAUGCUGACGAUACCAACCAGGAUGCUGCCUACUUCUCACCACAGCAGGAUCUGACUGCCGUGGCCAGCAGCAGCACAGUGCAGGUGUUCUGGGAGGUGCACCCUGACGGCCGGCCGCUCUUUCCUUAUCGCCCGACACCAUUCCUUCGCAAGCCCUGA